CGGCCAAAGCAGGGGAAGGAACACAGCGCAUUGUUGGCGAGGAGUGGAAAGCUACGGCUGGCAGCAUCGGGCUGCGCGGUGGGAGCAGCAGCAGCAGCAGCAGCAGCAGCAGUUGGAAUUGCAGUCUUGUGUAUUAUUGCUGAUUUUUUUUCUUUUUGCGCCGUCCUAGCCUGUGCAAAGAAGAGGCGAAGGGGAAGAGUUUGCUCUAUGCUGGGAGAGCUUUGCUGAGUGGGCUUUUUUCUCCCUCCCUUUCCCCUUCCCCUGCGGGAUCGGUUCGGAGGAAAAGAAGAAAGAGAGGGCGCGAGGCUGGCAAUGGCAGACCACAUGAUGGCCAUGAAUCACGGGCGCUUCCCCGACGGGACCAAUGGGAUGCAUCACCACCCGGCGCAUCGAAUGGGCAUGGGCCAGUUCCCGACCCACCACCAUCAGCAGCAGCAGCAGCAUGCCUUCAGUGCCUUGAUGAGCGACCACAUACACUACGGUGGCGGGAAUAUGAGUGCAAACACUGGGAUCCGGCAGCACACCAUGGGGCCCGGGAAUGUCAAUGGUGGGCACCCGCCGGGCACCAUGCCCCCCACGGCGAGGUUUAGCAAUUCUCAGUUCAUGGCUCCGACGGUGGCUCCCCAAGCUGGGCCCUUGACGGCCAGUAUGCAGUUGCAAAAGCUGAACAAUCAGUACUUCAGCCACCACCCCUACCCUCACAACCACUACAUGCCGGACAUGCACCCUGCCAGCCAUCAGCUCAACGGAGCUAACCAGCAUUUUAGGGACUGCAACCCGAAGCACAGCAACACCAGCAGCGGCACCAGUAGCAGCGCUGUGCCCUCCUCCGUGGCCCACGUCCCUGCAGCAAUGCUGCCGCCCAAUGUCAUAGAUACUGACUUCAUAGACGAGGAAGUCCUUAUGUCCUUAGUGGUGGAAAUGGGCUUGGAUCGUAUCAAGGAGCUGCCGGAGCUCUGGUUGGGACAGAAUGAGUUUGAUUUCAUGACAGACUUUGUUUGCAAACAGCAAUCCAGCCGGGUGAGCUGCUGACUUCUCUCGCGGAAGGAAGCGGAACCGAAAACACAAAGAAGGACUUUUUUAAUCUGUAUGAAUGAAAACAUUCCCUCUCUCGAACACAGUAUUUCAAAGGCUAUUAGGAGUUUGACCACC